CAGCUGUUGGACGCAUGAUGUGGUUGCCUUUAUUAAAAUUGCAACGAAUCGCGCUGCAUAGAACGCUGCGAAAACUGACUAAGCACAGUAUCAGAAUGAGCAUCAGCAGCAGCAGCACAGUGUUGACGGCUGCUGAGCAAAAUGCAAUGCCCGCAAAAUACGAACGUCAGCCAAAUGUGCUGCGAAAAAAACUAUCAUCGGUUGUGCCGGGUUCAGUGAAUCUGCAGGUGCUCGGGGCAGGAGCAAAUGGUUCGCCAAGCGCCGUUUACCUGUUCACGGAUCAGUCGCGCUACCUAUUCAACUGCGGCGAGGGCACACAGCGACUGGCACACGAGCACAAGACGCGCCUGUCGCGCCUCGAACAGAUCUUUGUCACCCGCAACACAUGGAAAACUGUGGGCGGAUUGCCGGGCUUGGCGCUCACUAUUCAGGAUGCUGGUGUGCGCAAUGUGGGUCUGCAUGGACCCCCACAUCUGGACACCAUGCUGCAGAGCAUGCGUCGCUUUGUGGUGCUCAAGCAUCUGCAGAUGCAGACGAUAGAUGCCACUGAAGGGAAUCACUUUGAGGAUUCCAUUAUGAGCGUGGAGUCGCUGGUUCUGCGCAGCGAACAGCAACCGGAGCAGCCAGUCAUCAGUUAUAUAUGCGCGCUCAAGCCACGACCGGGUGCCCUCAAUCUGGUCAAGUGUGUGGAGCAGGGAGUGACGCCGGGUCCGUUGCUGGGACAGCUUAAGAAUGGACACGACGUAGUCCUGCCUUGCGGCAAAGUGGUUCACUCUGUGGACGUGACCGAACCGGGCGAGACGGCGCUCUCCUUCGUCUUCAUUGAUGUGCCCAGCGAGGAUUAUCUGCAGUCUCUGCAGGCACAGGCACAGGAGUACAAGAAACUCGCUGCCACGCAGCUCACCGAGGUGGCAGUGGUGGUGCACUUUACUCCCGCCACGCUGACAGCCCAUCCGGACUAUCGUCGUUUCAUGGAGCAGAACUUUUCGCAGUGCACGCAGCACAUCUAUCUCAACUCGCCGAAGAAUCCCUUCUCCGGUUAUGCGGCUGCGCAUCGCAUUCAGUAUCAGCUGCAUCAGCUGGAGCCAAACAUCUUUCCGCUGCUCGCCGAGUCGGAUGAGCUGCAGCGGAGCUGCCCGAGCAGCAUGCUCAGUCACAGCCUGAAGAAAACCAAACUGAAUGAACAGGAAAAUCUGGAGACAAAUCAUGAAACGGAGCCAAAGCAAAUGGAUGGAAUGGUUAUGAAAACGGAAACGGAAGCGGAACAGGGCGUCACCUCAAUGGCGAGUUUUCAUUUGAGGCCCAAGAAGGGACUGGAUCGCACACUGGAGGCCAAGCUGACGCCGCUGGAGUACGUCAAGGAGACGCAUGCAGUGCCCGGCUUCACAGAGCUGCUCGCCCAGUUGCACAAUGAAGCCCAACUACAGCGACCAGAUACAGCAGUUGGCAGCUAUCCACGCAUCAUAUUCCUUGGCACUGGGUCCUGCAUACCGAACAAGACGCGGAACGUCAGCUCCAUUCUCAUCCAGACAGCGGCGGAAGCGUUUAUGCUGCUCGACUGCGGCGAGGGCACCCACGGCCAGAUUGUGCGUCUCUAUGGACGCGAACGUGCCGAGCAGAUAAUGCGUCAGCUGCACGCUGUUUACAUCUCCCAUUUGCAUGCGGAUCAUCAUAUUGGACUCAUUGGCCUGCUGCAUGAGCGACAACGAUUGAUGCCGGCGGCACCAUUGCUGUUGCUCGCACCCCGUCAAAUCGAGCCCUGGCUGCAGUUCUAUAAUCGCCAGAUUGAACCGAUUGCGGAUGCGUAUACGCUGGUGGGGAAUGGGGAGAUGCUGGAUCAGCCGCUGGCCGACGAGCGUGUGCAGCAGCAGUUGGGCAUUGCCUCCAUAGCCACCUGCCUAGUGCGCCACUGUCCGCAUGCCUACGGUAUCAGCCUAACGCUGCACGCACAGCACGAGGGUGAGCCGGUCAAGUUGACAUACAGCGGCGAUACGAUGCCCUGUGCGGAUUUGGUGCAGCUGGGCCGGAACUCAACGGUGCUGAUACACGAGGCCACCAUGGAGGAUGACCUGGAGGAGGAGGCGCGCAUCAAGACGCACAGCACCGUCUCGCAGGCCAUUCAACAGGGUCGCGACAUGCAGGCGAAGCACACCAUUCUCACCCACUUCUCGCAACGCUAUGCCAAAUGCCCGCGUCUGCCCAGCAGCGAGGAUAUGCAGCAUGUGGCCAUUGCCUUCGACAAUAUGCAGGUGACUGUCGACGAUCUGAAGCACUAUCACCGGCUCUAUCCAGCCCUGUUGGCCAUGUAUGCCGAGUACACUGAGGAGCUGGAACAGCGCGCCGUUAAGCGAGAGCUGAAACAGGAAAGGAAACGCAAAUUGGCUCAAACGUGAUGCUCGAAUUCAAGUUUAUGCCUGACAGAUAUCUGCAAAACAUUCAUUUCAUGUCGAAGAUAACGAUUAUACCAGUGAGCAAAUUGUGAUUUGAAUAUAAUUGUGCUUGGAAUGCCUAAUCACAUCAGAAAAGCUGCCUAGCCUGAAAAACGAGUUGUUAAAUUGCAUAUAAAAAUCAUUUGUAACAUUUUUUAUACAUUAUACAUUUCAUAUACUCUUCAAAUGCUAGCCACUUAUUUAAAACUUGUUAAAUGCACUUAAAACUUGUUUGAAAGUAUAGUUGACUUCUCAUGACACUCGAUAAAUGUUAAGUCGGAAUAGGGCAGGUAUAAACGUAGGACAAUAAAUAAUCUAUAGACAUAUACACUGCUAAAAUAUACUUUGAAAUCUAUGAAAAUAAGAAAUCAUAUUAAAUAUAAGCUUAAAUUGUGAGACAAUGUUUAAACGAGUGAAUAAAUUGUGAUGAGAUUAUGCCGAUAUCAGUUGUUGACAACCUA